AGAUUCACCUACUACCACUGAAUUCCAAUGAAGACACAAUAAGAGUGCUUUCCCUAUACUUCACCCCACCCCAAUUGGCCAUCCUUUCAAGUGCCAUAAACCAUGUGCCUGCUAACUUCUUAAACAGCACAAUGUUGAUUUUAAAUAUAUGCAUGGCAUCUCCCUUUUUUAAGGAUAUUCCUCCUGCGACCUUAAAUCAUGUAAUACCAGUUCUGAAGAAUUGCGAGAACUACAUCCAGUUUUGGAGGGAGAACCCACAAGACAUUUCCGGAAUUUUAUGGCAGGCUUCUCAAGACUGGAAGGAACCUUAUCUAAAAUUUGUAAACCCACCUGUUCAACAGUGUGUUGAAUGUGGUGAAACUUUAUAUCCAUAUUCCCGAAUUUGUGUGACAUUUUACAGUCUUGGUGGACCUAUUCCUGGCCAGCGAGGCAUUUCAAAAUGCAAAAAAUGCAGAAUUUAUUACCAUUUAACUGGUUAUGUAGUUCCUAAUCGAGGGAAAAUGUUUUAUGCUGAGCCCAUUACAUGUGACUGGAAAUGUGCCAGUAAUAAAGUCUUCUUCGAUAAAGAUCUGCAUGAAUUUAUGUGCGAGUCCAGCAAUCAUGCCUUUGUAUCACACCAAGCUUUUGCAGAAAUAUACAAUUGUGUAUACUCAGACAGACGGACACAGCACAAUUCUAUGCGUGGAAGGACCAAAUGAUGUCAGCAGGAGUUGGGUCAGAAUACAAGGAGAUUGUAGAACUCAUUCCUUGAACACAGGAAGACAAUGUCAAUGAUACCCUAAACAGCGAUGAGGGUGAUAUUACAAUUGAAGAAACACAGUCACUUCAAGUAGCUUCUGUGGCUGAGGACCACUCAACUGGACUAAGUCUCCAGGUAACCAUGACAAGGAAAAAUGCUGCUGCAUAUUUUAAUGGAGAGAUAGCAAAUGAAGUCAGAGAAAGAGGGCUGUUUGAUAUCUAUAUCACAAAGAAUAAGACAAGAGAAGAUUUGAUGAAGCAGAUACACAGCAUUCGAAAAGAGGAAUUAUAUGAACACAGAGAGGAAGAUUGUUCACCUCUAUGCAAAAGCAAGGGAUGCAGCAAUCUCCGUGUGAUUGACAGUUGCUGGAAGGUAUGCAUGUGCCACUGCAUGUUUGCUGUUCCCAUGGAAGUUGGGGGCUAUCCAUUGCUAACCUUCCCCAAUGUGUGCACAUUGGAACCGAAACACGGGUCUGUGUUUUGCAAAGAACAUUUCAACCUGCUAGAAAGACACAACAUUCCAACAAAAAAAGAUUUCCUCAAGUUCUUAGGAUGUGCAGGUUUCAGCAUGGACAACAUAAAAAUUUUGGAUGGACAGUGGCAUGUGCGAAAUGGGAAAAGAUGGAACAUAAGAUCAAAUUUCGUAUUCGAUAUUUUAUAUGAAGUGGCUCAUCCACAAGACUCCAUUUAUGUGGUAGAGGUGACAACGGACAGUGGCCAGAAGGGAGAGGCUUUCUUCAAAGCUGGAGACUUGCAUAAUCCAAAAGAUUUCCAAACCUCCCUUAACCGCACUUUUAAAGUUGGAACCCUGCUGUGCCAUUUUAAGCAAGUGGAGUUACUGCAGUUGGUGGCACAAAUGGCAUCAGAGGCCAGAAGACGAGCAGAGGCAGUGACAUAUAGGAGAAGAAUGGUGUUAAAUGCGGGGAAACAAGAAGGAACAUCCAUCAUAUUCCUUAGUCCAAAUCAGAUUAUGGACAUUUCAACUGGUGCCAUGAUCCAUCCCAUGGAUUGCCCAUUCAUGUGGCUGAAGGGCGAAAUUGUGAACCUGAGAGGACCCAAGAUGGAUAUAGUGCAUGAGAUAAGGACACCAAUAGGUCUCACGACACUGACCGCCUUUUUAGGAAAAGCAGAAGUUAUCUUAAAGGAGAAUAUCGGUCCAGCCAUCCUAGCAUGGAGUAGUAUGUACAGCUUAAAUCUUUACCAGAAAUGGAUGGACACCAUUCGGCAUUUCAAUUUGCCAAUGUUGUAUGGGCCACCAACGGCAGGGAAAACAUUGAUUGCUCAUUGUGCCGCAUGGAUGAAUGGCUGCAGUGAGCUGCACAUAGCCUCAAGGUGUACCCUAGCUUUUGUCACGUCAUGGCUGACUACAAGUAGUCUGCCAUUUGUGUGGGACGACCCAACAUCAAGCGAAGAGGUAGCCCAGCUAGCCAUAGAUCUUGGAAACGGGGCAGUGAGAGGAAGGGUGAAUGAAGACACCAAGAAACCUUUAACCGGUUGUCUUGUGACGGCAAAUUUCGACCUCAGCGCAGCUUACAAAUACUUCAGUCGACUCUUUGUCCUGAAAAUUUAUCCACUCAAGGACAAAAAAAGACUGGUGAUGCCAGAAUAUUGGAAGAGGCUGCUAAGGCAUCAUCCUCAGCACUUCCAUUAAUACUCAAC